AUGCACCGUCGUUUUUCCUCCCUCGUCAAGAACCCUCCUGGUGGAUCGUCUUCUCGUACAAAUGAGAUAACGAUUGAGGACGAUGGCGAAUCCAAGGUUUCCACCAUCGUUCGUGAGGAACCGCUCCCCCCCGUCUCGCUGAAGGUCAAGCGGGUCGACUUUUACUACAGCCGAUGGACCAAGUCAUGGAAAUAUCGGAACACAAGCUCGAAGGUUACGGUAGAGACCAUCCCCAUCAUGCAGGGUGCCAGCAAUGAUGCGUGGAAGGAGUUUUGUUUUGUUAUCGUUCGUACUAUGCCGAGGCGCGAGAACUUUGAUCCUACUUUCAAGGUGGUUAUAAAGAGCGAAUACCUUCUAAAAGCAUGUAAAGAUGUUAUUAAAUCGUGGCCCGGUAUAUCCUGGAACUCUGAUCCUCUCGAGCUCGAUCCCGAAAUUUUUAUAACCUUCCAACCCAAAUUUCUGGAAUAUGCUUCCGAGCUCGCGGCCAAAAAGGCUCGAACCCAUGAGGAGAACAACGUCCUCGCCUCCGUGAAUCUGCUCACGGAGACCAUCGCCUCUGACUAUCGAGUGACGAUGGCAACGAUCGAACGGCUCAUCCAACACGGGGAGAUCACAUUCGACUUGCUCUACGCCAUUCUUGUCCCAAGAGACUUGAUGGUGACAAAGUGUCCUAUUACCGGUUCCCCGAGGCUCUUCCAGCUGACUUCGUGGAUCCGCACGUCAAUUGAAGGCAAGCCUAUGUAUCAGCUCAACCUUGAGAGCGUCGAUCUCGUCGAUAGGCAGAUUACCCACAGUGUAGUGGUUGGCAGGGUUCAGACCACAGUGUAUCUCAAACCGAUGCGUGGAACUGUAAAGAUCGACACUUUGGAUGCUUAUCCCAUGAAAUUCCAUUCGGAUCCCCAGGGCCUGAAAGAAACCAUCUUGAAAAGAGGUCAAAAGUGGGUUAGUCUAAUUGGGGUGCAUCAUAAGCAGUUCGAUGGUAUCGCUGCUUUGAAGGCAGGUGACAAAUUGUUGAAACAUAAUGUGCGAAGCAGAAUCAUGAUCGAUAGGGCCACUUUCCGUCGACUGAACGCUAACUACGCUGUUCCUAACCCAGUACCACCAAAGACAGAAGAAAAUAUUCAUAUACCCGGCUUUGGUCAACAAUAUGAUCGUUACGGAAAUCCGAUACCAGAGGCGGCUCCACCUGUCAAUCCCCCAGAACAUCUCGUACAGCUUUCGUCGAGCGAUUCUACCGCUGAUGUUGAAUUAAAUGAGCAAGACCUUCUACUGACGCCAACCGUCGUCUUUGGCUUCAGUCUCUCGGACAAGAUGUGGCUUGAAUUCGACGUCGACAAGAUCAAAGAUGUUGACUGGAGCGAGGAUGCAUUUUCAAAUCUUGUCCUCCCAGGUGACCGAAAGAACCUUCUCCAAUCACUUGUUGAAGCCCACCACAAGGAAGUUGGCUUCGACGACUUCAUCAAGGGGAAAGGACAUGGUCUCGUCAUAAAUCUCUUCGGUCCUCCGGGUGUUGGGAAGACGUUCUCUGCUGAAGCUACGAGCGAACAUGUUCGAAGACCGUUGUAUGUUAUCGGAGGCGGAGAUCUUGGAACAUCCGCUGCAGCUCUAGACGUCUCUUUAGAGAGAAUCUUUGACGUGGCCACUGCCUGGAAGGCAAUCGUUCUCAUUGACGAAGCCGAUGUAUUCCUUGAGCAAAGGUCACUACACGACUUGGAGCGGAAUGCAAUGGUUGCCAUUUUCCUUCGCCAUGUGGAAUAUUAUCGCGGUAUUUUGUUCCUCACGACAAAUCGCGUAAAGGCAUUUGACGAGGCUUUCCUCUCCCGGAUACACGUCGCGUUGCACUUCCGCGAGCUCACACAGGAAUCAAAGGAGCAAGUCUGGACCGCAUUUAUCAAGAAGAUGGGACCAGCUGCAAGUGGAAUCACAAAAGAACAAAUCACAGAGCUCGCGAAAAGAGGUAUUAAUGGAAGGCAAAUAAAGAAUGCCGCGAGAACCGCGCACUCUCUCGCUGUUGCAAAGGGAGAAAGUGUCUGCUUUGAGCAUUUGAUUAUGACUCUUGAUGCGCUCGACGAGUUUACGAAAGAGUUUGAAAAGAGAAAUCAAUUUAACAUGUACGCCUAG